UAAUGUUAACAAUCUUCGAUGAGUUUUAUAAUAAUAAAAAUAUCCCAGACUUCCUUGAUGAUGAUGGCAUACUAUUGAAUAAGGAGAACAAUAUUCAAUUGAAAGAAUUGUAAGGAUAUUUAUAACUUAUAAUUCAUUAGUUUAGUCAAUAAUGAAGAAUUAGUAACAUAGAUGCUCUCCUUUUUUGAAUAUGAUGAAUUAGAAACUGAUCACAAACGUGUCAUCAAAUAUCCUUUUGUCGUAAGCGAAUUAUUGGGUUCACUUUAUGCUUUAAAUGAAAAACAUCUAAAUAUCCUUAUCCGAUUGUUGAAUUCCUAAAAUACUCUACCUUCUAUCACUAUUGGAUAUAUAAGUAAAGUGAUUAUGAAUGUUCUUAAACACAAUCCUUGUAUUGUAAUCAUCAAUCUUAAUAAUUUAGUUUUGGUAAAAUGUCUAAUUGUAAUAAUUGGGUAUUUUACUACAAGAUAUCAAUAAUUAUUCCAUAGCUGAACUAAUCUAUUCUAUGAUUAUAUAUUAAACAUAAGAGAAUUAAUUGGAGUAUUUGGAAUAAAGAAUAGAAUUAGUCAAUCAUUUAUUGAAUGAGAUCAAUACUGAUAAAAGUGAAGGAAUUUCAAAUGUAAUAUGUAUGUUAUUAAAUCAAAUUACUGAAACACUUCAAGAAUAGAAAUCUCUAAUUAUUAAACAUUUAUUUACAAAAUUAGACAUUUUUCUAUCUGCCUUGCCUUAAAGACCAUAACCAAUAUUAAGUGUCCUCAUAAAUUUAAUUAAACAUCAAUAAUACUAUGAAUCUGAAGUCAAUUAAAUUUAUAAUCAUUUUCUUGAAAGAUCAUAAGAAUUAUUUUAAGAUUUGCUGAAAAAUGAAAGUUCUUUUGGUUAAAAUAAUCUAUCAUACAUUUAAUUUUAUGAUAUACUUACCAAUUAACCUUAUAUAUUACAGAAUAUCAAUGCCUAAUAUUUAAUAUUCGCAUUGUUUGUAUAAUAUUAUAUUAUAAAUAGCAACUAAUACAAAAGUAUUAAUAUCAUAAUCAAUUACAUAAAUAUGCUACAAAUAUCAUCCUUAAAUUAAUUCCUUAAACUGACAAUCAAUAAUUACUAUAGAUAGCUCUUUCUGAAUUUAAGUAUUUAUAUUUAAUAAUAUAGGAUUAAACCAAUAAAAGAAAAUAGAGGAUAUGUGAU